AUGCAAACCACUCACGCCCGAAAGGGCUGGAUGGGAUCAAGGGCUCCUCAGCCGUUUGGGGGGGGGUGCAGGGUGCACGCGGGACGCGCUGCUCUUGCCAUGGAGGCCCGCUGGGCCGCCCCACGACUGGCCACGUCGGCCUCCCGCGGGAGGCUCUCCGUGUCGCCAAUGCGUGCGCGGCCCGACGGCCACGUCCUGCGCCAGGCCUCGUCGCCUCUGCGGAGGCCUGCGGCGCCGAGCCACCCAGGGCCCGCCCGCAUGAGCUCCUCUCCGCAGGGGGCCCCGCACCCGGCGCCCAACGGCGUCGCCUUGGGUGGCGGCUUGGCUGCGGUGGUUUGUUGGCCUGGGCAGCAUCCCGCGCCCCUCGAGGUGCCCCCUGCGGCACAGGCAGCGCCGCAUGCAGCAGCCAGCCCCGCCAGGCUGCACUCGCCGGUGAGGCGCGCCGCCGCAGUGCGCGCCAUCCAGGUUCCGGUGCGGCAGGUCUCCCUCGGGCAGCCUCCCGUGCGGCAGAUGGCCCGGACAGAGAGCCAGGCCCACAUGGAGCGCAGGCGUCCAGAGGUGCAGACCCCCCAGUCAGCGCCACAGCCUCCUGUGCGGCAGCUGGCCCGCACAGAGAGCCAAGCCCACUUGGAGCGCAGACGCCCACAGGUGCAGACCCCCCAGCCAGCACCGGCGGCCGCCAGUGAGCACGCGAGCUGGCCGAGCAAGCCAACAUCCAGUGCCAGCGUCCUGGCGCCCAACGGCCGGGGUCUCGCCGCUGCAGGCGUGGCGCGUGCGCCCCGCCGCGCCCGUCAGCUGGUGCGCCGCGGUGCCGCUGCGCGGCGCCGUGGCCGUGGCCGUGGAGGCCCGCCCGUGCAGGACUUGGGCGCCAGAGGAGUCGGGUCAGCCGAGCCGGGUGCGACGCGGCCUACUUCGGGGACUCGUGCGCGUCGACGUCCGCCGCAGGCAGCUCCGCCGAGGACGUCCCGGGGGGCCCCGCUGCGGCGGAAGCAGGCGCGGUUGGGCCCGCGGCGAGGCAGGCGCCUUCAGAGGUUCCAGAUUGCUCCGACGGCGAGCUCUUCGAGGAGGCACGGCGCGUGCUGCGCGGGCUUGUGGCCCCAGAGCUCCUGGACCGGCUGA